AUGUGUCUUCAGAAGACCAACGCUGAUGAAGACCUCUUGACACCUCCAGCAUUUCGCAGGUCGGAAGAGACUCCUCUGCACAAUAGGUUUGACAUACUCACCUGGCGGUAUAUGGGAUUCGAAAGUUCAAACCACCCGAGUACUUCAUCUAUAGGAAGGAAGAACCCAAGGUCAGGAUUGAACCCGUUGUAG